AUGGCGUUACGCUUAAAUAUUGGUAUUGAUGUGGCACGGGGAAUGCGGUACUUACAUGAAUUGGCCAAAAGACCAGUCAUUCAUCGGGAUCUCAAUUCUCAUAAUAUUUUACUGCAUCAAAAUGGUCGAGCUGUUGUCGCCGAUUUUGGUGAAUCACGUUUUGUGACGCAACGGGAUGACGAUAACAUGACUAAACAA